ACCUGCAGUUGAAUCUUUUGGCAUAUUAUUUGCCUUUGUUAAAGAACUGUUAUUAAUUGAUAUGUUGAAUUUGAUGUUAAUUUUGUUUACAUAUUAAACAUAUCAAAUUAGAUACUGAAAUAAAUAUUGAAAGAUAAAAUAAUUUAGAUAUCGGAUGAGAGAAGAAAUAAAUGCAAAUAUUUCAGGGAUAUAAAAAUUGUGUUCGUUUUUUAAGUGCUUGCCGUAUUUGGUGCUAUAAACAAUUACAGAGAUAUCGAAAAAAUAUGUGCAAAACAAAGAAUAAUAACUGUUAGUGCACAGGAGGCGAAAUUUGGAGCCGGUGAGUAAAGAAACCGAAACUACAGUGUUUAGGAGAAAAAUGAUUGAUUGUGAUUACAAAAAUUAAAAAGAAAACAAACCGCAAAUGUUUGGAAACACAAAUCUCUAAUCUGUUUUUUAUUAUUAUUAUAUAAAUGAUCAGUCCUUGACCUACUGAUGGAUUAAUUUCGGUUGGACAGGUUGCUCCUUUAAGAAAAAUAGCAUCAUCUGACACUCGAAUAUAAACAAACCACCCAAAACAUGUUCCCAUUUUAGAAUUAGACAGUUGCUAUUGAAAACGAAGCCUCACAUACUGAGAAGAAAAAAAAAACAUCCAAAAAAAAGAAGAAAAGAUACAAGAAAAUAAUAAUGAAAUAACCCAAAACUCACAAUCUCAAAAACAAAUAAAAACCCUCCCCGAGAUUGAAUGAACGCACAGCAUCUCUGACGUCACUUCUACGUCAAGGUCUACUCGCCCUCCGAUUGGCCGAAGACCAGGUUCCGGCUCGCCAAAUAUGGAAGUGCUCACGGAAGCGGCCUUCAUUCAGUAAAGGCGGCAUAUAAAGAGUACAGGUUGAAUGGGUUUACGCGCAUUUGACGUCGUGCGCUGGACUUGAUGGUUCGUCUAACAAACGGCAUGUCUCUUCGGACUGUGUACAGCUUCUGUGUGCCGUGUACGACCUGUCACUUGUGGUGAUUGGUGGUUUCGCCUUUGCCAAUCUUUGUUGUGUUGAUACUUCAAUCGAGGAAAACAAAUAAACAAAAAAAAAACCAAAACAAAUAAGUCCGUCGGACUACUAGAAGGGACCUAUCAGGAACAGUGUCCGAAUCUCAGAAUCCAGUGACCACAGACUCUACCACCCAGGGGUCCAGCAUGAUUAUGGACACUCUGACUGGUGUGCUGUCUGCGGCCCCACUGGACACAGGGCCCAGCACUUUCAGUCUCAGUUUUGACACCUUCAAACUGCUGGGCAGCGAGAUGGAAGUUCUCGACCCACCCCCGUCAAAACCCGCACCUCACUACCCCACUGUUGACAUUCGGCUGGUGAACCCUUCUACUCGCGUCAAAAAAGAAAACGAGGAGGAAGGCAUGGAAGACGAUACCCUCAAUACGCCCGUGUCUACUAGUGCCGAUGUCAGUACUUUCUUCUGUACGGAUACCACUAUCUCCGAUCCCGUUCCCAUCACAGACAUGCUCGACUCGGAAUCGUGCCAGACACUCCGGAGCUGCGACGCCCUGCUCGAAUCGUACCGAAUGCUCUGGGAUUCUGCCGAAGCCUCAGAUCCCCUCAAUGAGCGCACCGAAUGCGUGGGAACUAUGUUCCCCAGCAGCCACAGCAACUCCCCCGUGGGACGUAUCAGCUACAGAGGCAGUUUCACCACAUCCACCACUCCAGUCACAUCCGCCUGUUCGUCAUCGGCCUCUGGGCUGUCCCCUACAGAUUGGCUGCAUAGUCCGUCGUCCUCGGAAAAGAGCCUUCUCACUCCCCUCAUCAGCAUCAUCAACCCAUCUACCCCUACGGCCACUCCACCUCCCUCUUCCGUUACUCCACCCCAUCAUCAUCAGCAUCACCACCAAGAACAGCCGCAGCAAUCUCCUUAUGAAGAGAGUCAUCAGGAACAACAGUCCUACCUGUCGAGUCCCUCACCCCACCAACAGGAAUUGCUGGAGCAGUUUGCAGUGGCCGUUUCUCAACAGCAAUUCGACCCCGUGUCUUUCACCUUAAAGCAACAGUCGCCGUCAUACUCCACGCCCUCAUCGACGGCCCCAACGUCUGACCUAAUGGGUGUUUCGCCGGACGACGUCGUAUACCACAGAUCGUCGCCGUCCGUAUCAUCUCAGCAGCAGCAGCUAGCCAAAUAUCAAUGGACGACGGCAGCGGCGACAGACUUUGCAGCUGCGUCUGCUACUGGUGGAUUGCAGUUGGUGCAGUCGGGCUCAGUACUGGUGCCAAAAAUGGAACCACUAGCGGAUGAAGCAUCCUGUGCGACAAGUACUACCCUGUUGUUGACGGAUCCACAAACUUCGGCCUCUCUAGCCGAAUACAAUCAAAGCACCAGCAAGGGCCACGAAAUCCUUAGUCAAGCCUACCAGUGCAGCAAUGUUCCCCUGAAGUUGCUUCCGGUCAAGCCUCGCAAAUAUCCCAACCGUCCUUCCAAGACGCCCCUGCACGAGCGCCCUUACGCUUGCCCCAUUGACAGCUGCGACCGCAGGUUUUCUCGAAGCGACGAACUCACCCGCCACAUCCGAAUCCAUACUGGACAAAAGCCCUUCCAAUGUCGCAUCUGCAUGAGGUCCUUCAGCCGUUCGGAUCACCUCACUACCCAUAUUCGAACCCACACGGGAGAGAAGCCCUUCACCUGUGAAACUUGCGGUCGCAAGUUUGCGCGCAGCGACGAGAAGAAACGGCACGCCAAGGUGCACCUGAAGCAGAGGUCGAAGCGACAGCAGUCGUCUACGACAUCCUCUGCGGCGUCUUCUUCUUCGACGGCAUCGUCCACCGUAUCGUCUCUGCAGCAACAACAACAGCAACAGCAGCAGCAACAACAACAACAGCAGCAAGGCGGGCUCUUGCUGCUGGACAUUCCGCCUUCUGUUACCACUAGUCUCCUCACUGGACCGCUUGCCACGCCAGUGGUCACAACCACUGCCCUUAGGUGAUUAGUGUGGACUAACCGAGAGGAAAGAUUUGGACAGAUGAGGACUAUCGUCGUUUGAACGCAAAGCUCAACUGCUUCUUUUUUCUCUCUCCUCCAAACGGGCGGACUUAUGAGGUCUGUUUUAUUUUUUGUGAUAUUCAAACAUACACUUUGCUGUUCCAUCGCCAUUAUCUUCGAUUCUUAGCAUUUGUUUUCUUCCAAGUUUUUUUCUUUUUCGUUUAUUGUAGUUGAGUACCGUUUUGUGAUUAAUCGUAUCUAUAUCUAUCUUGGUUGCGAUGGCUAAUGUGAUGCUGGAACUAAUUAUUGUUUUUUUAAAGAAAAUUUUAUCUUUCGGAUAUGUUGUUUUGUACAUCAGUAGUCCUUUAAUAGUGAAUGUUGCCAUUUUAACAAUAACUUGAAUUUAUUUUUGUUUGAAUAUAUUACAGCUAUUAUAUAUUUAUUUCUAUUGAUUGGAAAUAUCACAGCUAUCAAUUUUCACUCAUUGUGAUUAAAUGCGUAAAUUUCAAAUAAGAAGUGGUAGUAAAUUGUUCUAUAUUUUGAAAGAAAUUUUAUUUUUCUUAUAUAUUACUCGAUACUCUCCGGUGAUGAUUGCAAUAAUUCGUGCUAUAAAAUUUGUUACAUAAUAUUAUUAUCGAUAUCCAUUAAUAUUUAUGUCAUUCUAUCAUGAGUUAUAUUACUCUAAUUCACAAAUAAAAGUUAUCUCCACUCAUUCGCGCUAUAUUUUUUCUCCUUAAUGCAAAUAUCAAGAAGAAUUUUUCUUUAGAACCCUGCAUUGUCUAAUUGAUUAAGAUUAUAUAUAUAUAUAUAUCUUUUGUAUUGCACCCCUAGUACCCAUAUAUUAAUUUGCGCGAAUGAAUAAAAAAAGUUUUCUGGUAGCUAAUUUACUCGAUUUAAAUUUGACAUAUUUAUUCCUAAUGAACUCGUACAAUUGGACAUUAACAUCUAAGGCAGCUAAAUAAUUUUUUUUAUCGGAAGAUUGUCAAGUUCAUUAAGGCAGACAUUUGAAGAGACACUAAAAAUAAUUUCACUAAAAUGAGGCUACUUGUUUUUAAAUUAAUUUUUUUUCACAGCUACAAAUUAUAUAACUGAUACUUUCAAAAAUAUAUGAGUGCAAUACGUGAUGAAAUACUAAAAGCAUAAUCAUUUACAUUAUCAAUGCAUUUAUUAAAUGCAAAUCGGCUUUUAUUGAGAUUUAAGCUAGUGCAAUACAGAAGCAUAUUUCCAUUUUUUUUUAAUGUUUUAAAACCUGAGCAGCUACAGAACUUCAUUUGAAAUUAUUUUUAUGAAUCAUGAAUUAUUUUACAUUUAUGACUUUUUUUUUUGUUUAUUUUGAAAUCAUAUUUGUGUAUAUUAAUUUGAAAAAGUGCCAAGUUCUUAUUGAUAUUUUUACACUUGUUUGACAAUCACUUAUUUUAACUAUCUGGUACAAAAAAAUGUUUCUUUUUACAUUUUAUCUUCAAACCCUUUUUAAAUUUUAUAUUUGAAAGUGCAUAAGAUUCUCUUUCAAUAAUCAGUUGUUAAAAAUUUUUUAUUUAAUCAAAAGAGUCCAUAUUUAAAAUAUUUGCAUUUAAUUUUGUUCAUAAUGCCUUAUUCAGUUUUGUUGAAUUUCUAAAGCUAUCCUGAAAUUUCAAUUUAUACAUAAUUUAACUGAUAAAUUGUGAAGUACUGUAGAAAAUUCUCCUAAACCCAUUUUUGGAUAUAAUAUUCUUUUCAGUUAAUUACAUUUAUUUUGGAAUAAUAAAAUCUAUAUUAAAUUUGAAUUUACCAAUUUCAUAUGUGUAUGAUGAAGAAUUCUAUAAAAAAAGGGAUAUGAAGCUUUCAAUAUGUAUUUUAAUUGUGAUUCGAGCUUUUUUAAUCGAAAAGGGAUAAGCUCUUUAUUCUUUGUGCGAUCUUACACAAAACUGAAAAUUAUUGCUCACUAUCUCACUGCAGUUCAAGUAUGAUGAAAAUAGGAUACUUUUUGGGCAUGUUAGAUGUUUUUGAUUGAAAUAAAAUGGUUUAAGAAAUGCUUCAUUAAUAUAAGCAUUCAGCAUGAAAUAUGAACAUUAAUAUGAUAGAAAACUAUUAAUGGUUAUGUAUGAAUAUCAAAUCUUUAGUUAAAAUAUAUGGAAGUUAUAAAAGAAUUGUUUUCUUUUUUUAUAAUUUGAUGUACUAUGACUAAAAUAAAUGGGAUAGUUUUCUUUUAAUUUAAUUUUUAAUAAAACAUUUAUUUGAUUUUUUAAAAUAACAAAUGAACAUUUUUAAUUUGAUUCAUUUCAUACAGCUUAAAAAAUUAUAAAUUGACAGCCAAUAAAAUACUCAGCUUGCGAAAGAUUUUUAAAUAUCGCGUCCAACUUUUAAACCCAAAAGAAAACGAUAUCCUCUAUUUUGAUUAUAAAUACAGUAAUUAGCAGACAUGUUUAAAUUAAAGGCCUGUAAAAUUAUUCUUAUAAAGAAUUUCUUAAAUCACGAAAUUUCUAUAUACAUUAAACAAAUUUAUAAAACGAAACAUUCUGUAUUACCUUUUAGGGAUUAAGAACUAUUUUACCCAAAAUAUUUCAUGCUGGACUAAUUUUUGAAACGGUGUCAUUCAAUAUCAUUCGAAAACACUUAAAUAAUAAAACAUAACUAAACUCAUAGUCUAUUUUUAUUCAUAUACUUAGCUGUGAAUGCGCCUUACGAAAACGUUGAGAAAUUCUGAGACUCAACGGGAUCAUAUUUUUAUAUUAUUUUUUAUUACAGAUUCUAUUGCUUUAAAUGAUAAAUAUAUAAUUUCCAUUUUACUUUCAACUUACUCAAGAAACAAGAGAUAAAUAGUAUUUAAAGAUAUAUCGAAAUAGUGUAAUAAAAAUAACAAUAGUUCACCAACGUUGUACGCGGUGCAUAUGUGAAACAUGAAUUAUGAUUGCCAAAUCGUUGUUAUACGUAGUCGAAGAGAAAGAAAAAAAAAGAUUAGGUGAAAUUAGAGUCUGAGUAGCGAAAGUAGGAGAGCUAUUUUAUAAAAAAUUUUAAUAAAAUGAAAAACGAUAACAUCAAGGCUUCUGAUCGUGAUAUUAUAUACCCUUACUCUCUGUGUGAUAGUUUUGAAUUUCAGUCUAUCCAAAAUGUUUAUUGCUUGAAGAAUUUUCUCGAAUUACGGUGCUAAAUUUUGAUAUUUAUUUUUCUCUUAGAAGAAGACAAGACUUAAGGAAAUCUGUAUAAUUAUUUACGCCAGUGAUUUGCAACCUUGUUGGGCGCAUUCCUUUAAAAAUAUCGAAAUAUUUAGAGGGAAAAAAAAUUGUUGAUAACAAAAUCAGAAAAUGUACUUGGUUUAUUUAAAAAUAAAAAAACACUCCUUAAAAUGUCCAAAUACUUUUAAAUAUAUAAAAAGGUAUUUGGGUAUUAUUUGAAAUUCCAAAAUUCAUUAAAGAUUUCAAAUUUUAAGUUUAAUUAUUUAAAAAGGGGAAUGAUUAAAACUAUUACAUGAAAAUGAAUCCCAGUUACUACAAGGUUAACAAUCACUGAUUUAUGAAAUGAAUGCUAACAUUUUUAGUUGAAUUAAGUUGAUAAACAAAAAGUAGAAUAAAGAGGUUUAGUUAGAACAAAGUUCCCAGUUUACUUAUUCUAAAAAACAAAGCGAGAUAUUUACCUAUUAAUCUAGUUUAAUCCUAAACGUUACUUAAUAUGAGUAACUGUUAUAACAUUUUAACUGCUAAAAAUUGCGGGAUCCAUGAUUUUAUAUGAAUACAGUAGUUUAAUUUCGAAUAGAACUAUAAUAAAUGAUAACUUCGAAUUUAGAUCUUUAGUAACAUUUUUAAUUCGUCCAUUGUUAUUAAAAGGAAAAUAUUUUUCUGCUAGGUUUUUCUUUUUAUUUCAAAAUCUAUUUUUGAUGCUGUUAUUUAUAUGAAUUAUACAUAUUCUUAAGAUUGAAAUAAGUAAAUUGGGAACUACUGACUUGCAAUUAUCAAAUUGUCCUUUUUCAAACUAUCGCUAUACAGUAAAUAGUAACUUCGGCCGAAAACACUCAGAUUCAUAGGUUGUACUUUGUAAAAAUUGUAAAUUUUUGAAAGCAUUUAAACUUGACUAAAAGCCAGUAAACAUUUAUUGACAGAAUACGCUGCAUAGAAGAUACUUUGACUAUCUUUCUCAUAUCAAACGUUGGUGCUGUGCUUGGAAAACAAAAGCAUUUCGGGAAAGAAUUUUGUGUUUAUUGGUGUUAUCAUUGCUAGGAGAGGGGCGUUUUCUCCCUUCCCAAUCAUUGUAAAUAAAUAUUCACCAUCUUUCAACAAAACUAGUUUCUUUAUUUUUGGAAAGAAAUACCCAUAACACGGUCUUAUUUAUGUACAUUUCUGGACGUUUAUUGUCUUCGUUCCUCUUUUUGUAUGUACAUUUUGCCUGCACAAUCAUGGAGACAAAGCGAUGUAUUGUAAAGUUGAAAAAAUGCACGUUCUUUGAUGUCAAGUUCAAUGUGAUUGACUGUUGUGGUUGUCUUUGUAUAUUGAUGUUUCAUUCGUCUUGAACUAAUGUAUUGACAUGAGAGAUGCGCUGUUGUACAGCUUCUUUGUGUUUUGUCGAUUUGUUGUUGUAUAUUUCAAUGUGAAAUCAAAAAAAAAAAAGAUAGUUGAGAAUCAAAUUCCCAUUACUUUGUUUCUUCUAUCAAAUGUGACUAUUACUACUAACUAAAGUAAAUAUAUUACUGGAAAAAUAUUAAUUAUUUUGUUGCUUUAUAAUGAUAAAUAUAUAUAAUUAUAAAUGUUAUUGAAUUUAACUUUCUGUUUCCUUUUAUAAAAAGUCUAGUAACACUUGCUCUUCGAUUGGAUAUAUAUAUAUAUAUAUAUAUCGAUGUUUGAGAUAUUUAAUGUUUGUUCCAGGUUGUUAAUUAUUAUUGUAUCAAAAUCUUAUGGAUUGUACAGAUGUUUCAGGAAAUGUUGAAAAUUAGGCUAAGAGAACGUUCGUGAAAAAAAUUAUUCUGUGUUAAAUAAUACCGGUGUAAAAACUCGAGUGUGAAUAGAUUUUAAAAUAAUGACUCAAGUCAGUAGAUGUCAAAUAGUUUAAUUUCUAAUUUGAGGUAUAUUUUUAAUAACGACUUGAGAACAAUGUUUCGAAUGAUUGUCAAUUUUUGAUGUAUGUGUCUCUAAAAAGUUAGUUAAAACUGUAAUUGAACUAGCACAGGUUUAGUUGCAAGUAUUUUUUACCUUUUUCGACUUUCACAUUUAAAACUAUUCUCUAUAUUGCUAUAUUCCAGUGAUAUUAUACUUAACAAUCUAUUUUAUGCUAAACUUUUCACAAAUAAUUGCUUUUAACUCUUUCACUUUUUCUGAAUUAGGCCCGAUGAUUUUUUUCCGUGCACCUUCAUUUCAAAGAAGUGGAUGUUAUAUUUUCGGGAAUAUGAAAUUAAUUGUGUUGUUGUGUGAUGUACUGUUAGUGCUUCAUUGUUUAUUUCUCAGAGCUUUUUAACUGUUACUGUUGUUAAUAUUGCCAAAUGUGAAAUAAAUAUAAAUAUAUAUACACACAUAUAUAUACGAUGUAUAUUUUUUAAUAUUCAUCAUGUUGCAUGUGUUUUAGUGUGUCAUAACCUUUUAGGCGAACAUGAAAACGCCUUUGAAAAAAAACAUCUCUUGUCCUGGUGAGAUAUUAAUAUUAAUUAAAAGAAUAUGUUUUAAUUGAUGUAUAUAACAUGGUUGACAUAGUGUCGAAACACGAGAGAUAAUAAAAGUUAUAUUUACAAUCUG